GCGGAUGUCGGACGCGCACUAUGACCCAGGAGAUCCCACCUCCAUGCAGCAGCCAGCCGUCGGCCGCUACCAGAGGACCAGAAAUCUGCAGCUCCCGGAAUGAAGAGAUCAAAAUGAUGCUGCCUCUAAAAAGGGAUUAAACGUAAGCAAUCUGUCGUCAGUUUGCGGUAAAUCCGCCGCUCAUCUCUGUUCUAAAUUUUAUUUGCAAUUAUUUCUGCGUCUAACGCAGAAAUCCAGCCAGGUUGGGUUUGCAUGGACUGCUGCAAACGAGCUAAUGACAGAUGAAUCGUGCUGACUUUCUCUGAGAAUUGCAGCGGAUGCAACGCAGGCCUUUGAUGAGAUCUGUUGUUUCUCACCCUCCUUCGGUCUAAUCUGGUCUGGGCGCCACCUCACUGGGAUCUGCUGCUGCGCGGGGACACGGAUUUGCCAGAGGGAGUUGGGAAAAGGGAGACAUGCCGUCGCUGAGCAUCCGUUGCGACGCCUGACUGAUCAUGAUGAAGACCGAAUCCACGUCCAAGAGCACCGGCUCUGGCUCCACGCUCCGGAGCCCAUCCCCGCACCGGAACGCGUAUGAGGCGGGGAUGCAGGCCCUGAAGCCCGUCAAAGACAAUGCUGCGAACGGGGACCUGCAGGAUGGCCCCCGGGGGCGCAGGUACGGCUCCAAUGUGCACCGUAUCAAAAACAUGUUCCAGCAGAUGCAGACCACAUCCGCAGCCGACGGUGAUGAAGAGGAAGGCACGAAGACCGCGGACAAAUCGGUGCGUCUGUCCCUCCCCAGAGCCGGCAGCUUGAAUGAGAACGUGGACCACAGUGCGCUUCUGAAACUCGGAUCCACCGUGUCUGAACGAGUCAGCAAGUUCGACCCCAAAUCUGAGAACGGCCACCAGCGGGCCUCCUCCCCCAGCUACUCCAAGCUGCAGGAGACCCGGCGCAUCUUUGAGCAGCAGCAGCAGGAGAAACAGCAGCAGCAGCAGCAGCAGCAGCAGGAGAAGCUGGCCACCACCAGGGUCCUCCUGAAGGCAGAGAAGGCCCCAGGCUUCCCUGAUGGGAGGUUAGACAUGGUGUCCCGCUUUAAUGGCAGCACAGAGUCACUGGACAGCCUGGACACCAGCGAGGCUGUGUCCCCUACGGUCAGCCAGCUCAGUGCCGUGUUUGAGCGAGCAGCUGAGCUCCGGAACAACCUCCAUCGCCUCUCUUCUACACCACCACUCCCUUCCAGGGGGGUCAGCGCCAAGGUGGGGGUGUUGAACUCAAAGGCAAUCACUAAAAGGGUCAGUGCCUUUGUAUCAGGCAACCAAGAGGACGAGAUAAGCAAUCAGAGGGGCCAAGAUUUGCCUCCACGAGGCCUUAGAGGAAGAGUGACUCCCCCAUCUGAAAGCAUUAAUGGGAGCCAGAGCGUUGACCAGUCUGUCGGAACCAUUGAUCUCUCAAGUAAUGUAGGAGAGCCCAGUGAACAGAGAGGAAAGACUUUUUCAGAUGCUGGAGUUGAGGCCAAAGCAGGAGGGACACCUGAGGGUCAAUCUGGGUUCAACGAACCUAACAGCACAACACUGCAAGGUGACAUCCACGUGUCUGUGGAGAAUGGAGGGACUGCUGCCGAGAAGAGCAGCUCUCCAAAGACUGAUGAGAAGGAUGCUAGGGAGGAGGAAGCAGACAGGACUCUGAAGGACGACCAGUCGGGCCGCGAUUCUGUGGAUAUCAGUGCCUACAGCGCGGUGGGGUAUGACUCUGGAGGAAGCCAGAAGGAUGAGGAGGAGGAUGAGGACGAUGACCACUAUGAGCCUGAGUCGAGCUGUGUGGAGAUUGCUGGGCUGGAUAUGGAGGAAGACCCGCCUCCCUCGAGGAAGAUUUGUUUCAGCACAGAACCAAUCAAGGUGUUUGCCACCUAUCCCAACGAGGACUACGACAGGCGUAAUGAAGACGUGGAUCCCAUGGCAGCAUCAGCAGAAUACGAGCUGGAGAAGAGGGUGGAGAGGCUGGACCUGUUCCCUGUAGAGCUGGAGAAAGAUAGCGACGGUCUGGGCAUCAGCAUCAUUGGGAUGGGUGCAGGGGCCGACAUGGGCCUGGAGAAGCUGGGCAUCUUUGUUAAGACCGUUACAGAAGGAGGGGCAGCUCACAGAGAUGGGCGGAUCCAGGUGAACGACCUUAUUGUGGAGGUGGACGGGACGAGUUUGGUGGGAGUCACGCAGAGCUUCGCUGCCUCCGUACUCAGGAACACCUCAGGAACUGUCAAGUUUGUGAUUGGCCGAGAGAAGCCAGGCGAGCAGAGCGAAGUGGCUCAGCUCAUCCAGCAGACACUGGAGCAGGAGCGCUGGCAGAGGGAGAUGAUGGAACAGCGCUACAACCAGUACAUGGACGAACAAGAGGGUGGUGAGUAUGGCACGGAUGAGGAAGAAGAUGAAGAGGAGGCCAGUCCGCCAUAUCCCAGUGCCAUCGAGGUGUUUGACUUGGCGGAGAACGAGGACAUGUCCCCUCUGGAGACAGACCCUGAGAAACUUGCCCAUAAAUACAAAGAGCUCCAGAUAAAGCAUGCUGUGACCCAGGCUGAGAUCCAGCAACUGAAAAGGAAGUUGCACCACACGGAGCAGGAGAAGCAGCGCUGGAGGAUGGACAAAGCCCAGCUGGAGCAAACCCUGCAGGAGAACAAGGAGCGAAUGGAGAAGCUGGAGGGCUACUGGCUGGAGGCUCAGAGCCUGUGCCAGGCGGUGGACGAGCACCUGAAGGAGACUCAGGCUCAGUAUCAGGCCCUGGAGCGCAAAUACAGCAAAGCCAAACGGCUCAUUAAGGAGUACCAGCAGAAGGAGAUUGAAUACCUGAAGAAGGAGACUCAGCGUUGUGCACAAGUAGGAGCUGAGGCUUCUCUUCUGAAAGAGGAGUCGGGUCAACUCCAAGAGCAGGUAGAGGAGGUGGCCAACCUGGAGAGCAGGGUGGAGGAGCUGAAAUCUGAACCUUUAUAAACGCCUUUUCCAUCACAUGUAAACUUCUCCUGAUGAAGCAGUGUUCUAGCCUGGCAAGCCAGACUAAAUAAAUGUAUUAUUUAGUCUGGCCACGCUCCAUUGACGGCUCUCGGUUGUGGGGCGGGUUCUACCGUUGUCUUUCAAAUGAUCUCCGCAUUCCGCUGGACAAUGAAUGUGACAUACUCUUGUUUCACUCUGUUGCAUCAUCCCACCCACCAGGCAUAUAGAGUGCCCUGAUUGGCCCACAAAGCGGAUAAAGCUCUGUGAUUUGUUCACUAAGCAGAUGGAGCACUAUGAUUGGCCCACCUUUAUGGACCAAUCACAGCUCUUUAUGUGUUUGAAACCCCUUUAGAGAGCUGUGAUUGGCUAGCCAGAGUCCUGGUAGGAGCUGCGGAGGUUCCAACGGGGCGUGCCUAGACCAAACUUUGCAAAGCAAGAAUUUGGUCUAGUUCACUAGGCUAGCAGUGUUCAUCAGUUCAGACUGAACUGCAGGAUAGUCGUUUCCACUUUGAGCGUGGUCAUCAACCGUGUUCUCGGGCCUUGUGUUCCAGCCACCUUUACCCGUUUUUCUGUUAACACCAGCUGGAAUGUGGAGGAUGGAGUUUUCUCAUCACAAAGACAGACUCUAAUCUAGAUGCAUUAUUCCUUUUUAAUACCCAGAGUUCCGUAUAUUUUCUUCUCUUCAUUUGUUGUUUUGUGACGGGCCGAGCUGUUUUCUAUUGCCAAAAACUAAACCCCUUUGUUUCUUUUGCCCAGUUUUGUGAUUUCAUUCUUAGUUUUUGUACAGAUGUGAUAACGUGUGCUUUAACAAUCAGUUUGGUCUGUAUAAAAGUUUUUGUGUAUAACAUUUAACAUAAUGUAAACAAAACUGAUGGUUGUAUAUUCUAUGUGACGGGGGGCGUGUCGAGAGGACCGUAGAUUGCACUGAAGAAGACAAACAUGGCGGUUCGUGUGGACAGAGGACAAAAUGGGAGCAAGUGUGACGUGUCUUCAGAAUUGUAGAAACAUUAACCCAACCUCUGUAGGGGUUUUGUCACUUAACCUUGAGAACCACUUGCUGCCUACCUUUCAGAAGUGUUUGUGCAUUUUUUUUGACACACUAAAAACUCAAGUGACCAUUCCUCUGGUUUCACCCUUUCAUAAAGAUCUGAAACAAUCCUCAACUUCUGUGCCACAAGAGCGAACGGAUCUCUGCAUUUCCUCUCAAAUGGAUGUCGUUAAGAACUUGUGUAGCUGGAAAUACCUAGGACUACAGAUCGACGAAACAAAUACAGGACUGUGAUGUUUUUAGAAGCCGUUACCAGCAGCAUCGUUUUAGUCACAAACCAGCAGCUGCUCGUGACACCUGUGUGUGUGUAGCGUAUGGAAAAACACUGCCAGGUUCCUACCCGUUUCAGUUUCUGCACACUUUUAAACGAGUCUACUUGUAUCACCUGUCAUACCAGUAUGUUUGUAUAGUUCAGGUCAGACCUAAAUAUUUUCAAUUUACAUAUUUAUAAUAUAGUCAAGGUGGAAAUGUGAGCUAAUGAGGAAAAACUACUGACAAGAGCAAUGUACAAGGGGAUUAAAUAGAGAAGACAGUGCUGUGUCAUGUUUAAAUAAACGUUGUAGAUCUGGGUGAAAAACUGAGUGUAGGAGUACAUAAUUUAAAAAAACAGGCAUGGUUAUGACUAUUUUCAUAAGUAUUAAGGCUUGUACAGUGCACACGCUUUGCAUUGUAUGUUUUUGUGGAAUAAAUGGUCAACAGUGA